AUGGAGAGAGAGUGUCAUCAAGUAGAAGAGAAGCAGGGAGUCAAUAUUUGUGAUCCAGCUGUGGAGAGUAAUCUACCAGCUGUCACCUUGGCGACCUCUCUCUCCCUCUUGGGAAAUCACAUGUUUCCUGAUACUGUGGACAGAAAUGGCAGUCCAGCUGUUAGUAAAGAGGAAACUGCUAAUUUGGUCCUGUCAUAUGUUACAGUAGAGGAGGACAGUCUGAAUGCAGAGCCCCUUUUUAACCAGGUAACAAAGCUAGAAAUUGAAGAGGCGGAAACCUCUGUGUUUGAGGACGUGUCUGAUCCACAACAUGAUGGAGUAACUGAUGAUGCUGCCAUCGAUGAUGAGCAGGGUGAGUUUGUUGUUACAAUGUUGGCCAAAGCCAAGCUGGAGGAGCAAAGUUUAGGUGUGAAAGGAAGGUCGUCUUCCCUGUUGGAGGCCGAGACAGAAGAGACUUCUGCGUUUCCAUCCCAUCGUGAAGAAGAUGUAACGGCUGACAGCUGGCGGCAGCACAGGAAGCAUGUUUUUGUGCUAAGUGAAGCAGGCAAACCCAUAUAUUCCAGAUACGGCAGUGAAGAGGCUCUUUCUUCAACAAUGGGAGUCAUGAUGGCGCUCGUGUCUUUUGUACAAAGUGGAGAUAAUAUCAUUCGAUCAGUGUAUUCAGAGGAGCACACUGUGGUGUUCCUACAGAAGGGGCCUCUGGUGCUGGUGUGUGUCUCCAGCAGUCGUCAGUCUGAGCAGCAGCUGCGUGACGAGCUCCUCUACGUGUACUAUCAGAUCAUCAGCAUGCUCACCCAGGCCAGCAUAUCCCGUAUCUUUGAACACAAGAAAAACUACGACCUGAGAAGAUUACUGGCUGGCUCAGAGAAGAUCCUGGAUGGCCUUCUUAACCUGGUGGACUCUGACCCUAGCUUUCUGCUAUCAGCAGUACACUGCUUGCCACUGUCUUCUUCUCUCAGGGACUCUCUCAGCCAGAUUCUUCAAAAAGCUAUCACCCCCAACCUGGUUUUCUCCAUCCUUAUCGCCAAGAACCAACUGCUCACUAUUGUGCAAGAAAAGACUGUGAUUGAGGACACCAGGCUGGAGCCUGCUGAUGUCCACCUCCUGCUCAACCUCAUCGGAGCUUCUUCGGCUUUCCAGGCUGGAGAGAUCUGGACUCCAAUCUGCCUGCCUCUGUUUAACCCUGACUGUUACUUUUAUGCAUACAUAUCCUACCUGGACCCUCCAGACUGCACUGUCUGUCUGUUGCUGCUCUCAACGGACAAGGAGGCGUUCUACGCUGUGGCUGAGUGCAAGAGGAAGAUAGAGGAGGCCAUGGUAGUUCAAAACUCUUUGAGUCUGAUUGCCAAAGCCCAGCUGUACAGCGUGAGCCAGGUUGGCGUUUCAGACCUCAGACACUUCAUGUACAAGCCCUUUGAUGUGCCAGAUAAUUACCGCCAGCUAACCCAGUUUUCCAGUCCAGAGAUGGAGGCACCAUACAGCAGUGAGGAGGAGAAAAUGAGACUGUUGGACCUUUACCGUUACAUGCAUAGCCGCAUCCACAGCACCUCCCGACCGCUCAAGCUCAUCUACCACGUCGCAGAGAGGGAAACUCUGUUAGCCUGGGUGACGAGUAAAUUUGAGCUGUACACCUGCUUCAGUCCCCUAGUUACAAAGGCCUGCGCCAUCACUGCUAUUACUAAACUUCUAAGAUGGAUAAAAAAGGAGGAGGACCGUCUCUUUAUCAGAUAUCCCCCAAAAUAUUCAACCACCCCAAACCCCAGCAAAAGCUCUCGAAGCGGAAAAUCGGAGCAGCCCGACUCCACAGAUAACGGCUUCCUAUCUCUUCUAUAGGACCCUCAUAGCUGGACCAUAGUGACUCUGCUUCACCCAGCAGUAGUUUGUACACUGGAUACCUUGAAGACCCCCCCCCCCCCCCCCCCACACACACUUUACACUUUUUUUUUUUGGACACAGCAGAGAUUAAACUACUGGAAUCAAACACUACAUUUUACAGUAUUUAAAAAUGAGCAACCUCUGUGAAACUAGUGUUCUUUGUUUUUCCCAUGUACCUU